GCUUACCAAGGCGUGGAACAUCAGGGAAUCACAUGCCGUGGCUGCGAAAAACCAAUCUUCGGUGUGCGUCACAAGUGUAUAGAAUGCACCGAUUUCGACCUCUGCCAGGACUGCAUAUCAGUUGUGUCAAUUCGGUUUCAACACGAAUACGUCCAUACUUUCCUUCCAAUCGAGUACCCUUGGGACCACCGCCCAUUUCGCGAUGCAUCAGUUGCGUCAUACAACAUCCAUCCUGAUGUUCAAUGUGAUGGCUGCGGUCAUUCACCAGUCAUCGGCGUACGUCACAAGUGCCUCUCAUGCGACGACUUCAAUCUCUGCUCUGCAUGCUUCGAUACAUUCGAGAAACGUUCCGCACACCAUGUUUCUCACGAUUUUUUUCCUAUCCGAAGUGCAGGAGAGGAAGCGAAAUUCCUUGUCGCGCGACGCAACGCUCAGACCCCUUCGGCGUUCCCAGGAGACCAUAACGUCUUCCUUCCCCAGAGAAAUGUGACUAUAUGCGCCUCUUACGAUAAAGCCAGUCGAUAUUCUAGCCGAGCGUGCAACAGAUGCAACAGACUCCCUGUCAGACAUUGCUGCGUCGACUGCAGUGACUAUGGACUUUGUACCGCUUGCGUUAGCAAUCCACAGGUUCGCAUGUCCCACAACCCUCGUCAUCACUUCACCCCGCUGGAACCAUCUACGGCGCGGCUUGAAUCUGGGCCGAAUAUCUCCUCGCAACACGGAGACAUCGAGAGCGAGACCAAGUGCGGCGGCUGCCAACGUCGUGGCUUUCGCAUCCGACACCAUUGUCUCGAAUGUCCUGACCUUUUCCUUUGUCAGCUCUGCAUCUCGUCUGUCCGGCGGCGCUCCGAGCACGGGAUCAGACAUCGCUUUCUCCCCAUUGAGUACCCGUGGGAUGUUGGCGCUUUCGAGGUCGUCUGUGCUAUGCUAAAUGCGCCGCGCUGUCGAGGCUGUGGCGUCAAGACCUUGUCAGGUUGGCACAAGUGUCUUUCAUGUCCUGACUUCGCCUUGUGCUCGUGGUGCCUGUCGGACCCAGACAUGCGUCUUGAGCACAACCUUGAACAUUCCUUUUUCCCUUACGCACCAUGCUCCGGCGGUGGAGCCACCAACUAUAAAGCUAGGCGUCAGCAGUUCGCCGCAUACAAAAAUCUCCGGGCUCGCUGGUUGGUACGCGUCAGCUCAACCUCCUCUGACAGAGUAAAACGCGAAUCACUUAGGUGCACGAGGGUCUUCUUCAAGUUAGCCGAGACGUCUGUCUGUUUCUCCUGCGACCACAUACCGUGGACACGCACCACCCCGCUAGUGACGGUCCCUGAGCUCAUAGAUCAACGGAUCAAGAUAACCAACGAAGUCGAGCUGUUCAAUAGUAAUAAGCGCAUCAACCAGCACAACAGGAAUAUCAUCUGGGGCUCGAUACAGAUGGCUGCAUCCGGCAUCGUGCCUACCCGCCACCUCUUCCGAUCCAAGUGUUCAGGCCCAGGCGAGAUCCACACUCUCACUCCUCCCACUCCCUCCGCCAUCCCCCUCCAGUGCAUACACAUUGGCCAAGGUACGAUACCUAAUACACUCGCGGACAUCCCUUGCGACCUCCUACCCGUCGACGAUCUGCUCGCCAAACUCAACAACAUCCUUGGCACAUCGCACACGCCGCUUGGCGAUCCGGACCUUUAUGGCUGCUUGAAGUAUGCACUCGGCACUUCUUACGACUUCGGGGAGGUGUACGGGACGCUACGCUCGGAAUGGUCAGACUGGCAGUGGCUUGGAAUCUCUACCGAAGCAUUCAGCAGGAUGAAGCGUCGUCGUGAUCAGGUUCAGCAAAGGCGAGACAACGCCGUUCGUGGCCACUCCAUCCAGAACUCCCGAAUCCCUCCUCGACGUGUCUGGGACUUGUACAGCAAUCGAGUCCUCCCAUUUCAUAUCAUACCUUGGGCGGACUACAGAGACUAUGAUUGUAUGCCUGGUGACCUGUGGACGGUGUCACACAGCUGGGUUUCCGAACAAGAGCGCGAGUACAUCAUGACCCCGAUCAACGGAUACCGAUGGCCUGUCCCGCUUCCACGCGGCACGUCCCUCGACCACAUCCGCAUCGAGCUGCUCAACAUGGGCGCCGUAUAUGUCUGGGUCGAUGUUCUCUGUUUAUGGCAGGAGGGUAUCAAGGACGACGACGAAGCUCGGCUCGAGGAGUGGAAGCUCGACAUUCCCACCAUCGGCCAUAUCUACCAAGCCGAGCCGCGUCACAGACCGUGCAUCACAUAUUUCAACGGCUUAGGCUUGCCGUUCGAUCCGUCACCAGCAGUUCUCCGGUCGGAUCGGCACUGGAUGAAUCGCGUAUGGACCAUGCAGGAGACCCUGCGCAGCUGGUUACCUGGUGGACUCACUGCGACGCCCCACUUAGAUAGCCCGAAGUUUUUUUCUCGGCUAGAGGACCUUUUACUCAGUCUGCAGGUCUCCGACGCCAUUCGAUCCAUGAGGAAUCGCCAUUGCACCACAGAACUUGACAGGAUCGCCGGUCUUGCUUAUUUCCUGGGGUGCAAAACUCUACCGCUCUACGAUCGAUCGGCUUCCUUAGAGUCUGCAUGGACACUGCUCAUCAAGCACAUGCGUGGAUGGCAGCGAACAGACCUUUUUGUCCAACACGAGUCUGAUGUGCCGUUUGGACUCUUUAUCUCAUGGGCGGGGUUUCUCGGACUAACGUCCCGACCGGCGCUGAACAUUUGGACAGAUCUGGAGCUGGUGGAUCCUCUAGACGUUCACACCAAUGAUCCAGGAGAGUAUCACCAUGCGACAUAUGCCACCUCGUCGUGCUAUAUUUUAUCAUCGCCCGACGACUCGGACAUGCUCCAGAGUCAAGGUAGUGGACCACAAGCGCUCCAACUCCACUUCCGCAACCACGCCAAUCCUGUUACUGUGCAGGCCUCCGCUAUCAGAACACAUGGGUGUGUUGUCCCAAAUGUUCUGUAUCACCUUCUCGGUGUCCGGAACUCAGAUGAGUUCUGGGUUGUAGCUGAGGUAGUCGGAGAGCGGGACUUGCGAGGCAAGAAGGCUCUUGAGGUCAUCAAGUGGGGUGUGAUUCAAAUGGGUGAGGAUGCGAGCGAGAAAUUCGGGAAGCUGGGACUAGUAAGUAAAGAUACGAUAGUGGUGUAUUUGUCAAGCGAGGAGGCCUUGGCCAGGAGCAAACACGUUGACGAGUACAUGGAGGCAUAUACCAAGGCGAAGAACAAGUCGUAA